CGUAGGUUUAAGGCAAAAGCUAGCACUUUUGUCACUGCACCAUCUAUUUAGUAUUUAAUCCCCGCUUGUGCCCCUACACUUCUCCUCACAAGUACUUCACUUAUUCACUUUCUUUCCCUGCAUUGAGGUAAUAUGGGGUUUCUGGGCCUUCUCUUGGUGGGGAUUCUCUGUGUGGGAUCAGGUGCUUAUGCAGCUAGUGAUGGUUGGAUGGAUGCUCAUGCAACCUUCUAUGGUGGGGGAGAUGCCUCAGGCACAAUGGGUGGAGCUUGUGGAUAUGGAAACCUGUAUAGUGAGGGCUAUGGGACUGAGACUGCUGCUCUGAGCACAGCCUUGUUCAACAAUGGUUUAAGCUGUGGGGCUUGCUAUGAAAUCAAGUGUGUCAGUCACCAGAAAUGGUGCCUUACAGGCUCAAUUAUGGUCACUGCCACCAAUUUCUGCCCACCAAACAAUGCCCUCCCAAAUGAUGCGGGUGGCUGGUGCAACCCUCCCCUUCAACACUUUGAUCUCUCUCAACCGGCCUUCCAACAAAUUGCUCAAUACAAAGCUGGCAUAGUACCUGUAGCUUACAGAAGGGUUCCAUGCCAAAAGAAAGGAGGCAUCAGUUUCACCAUCAAUGGUCAUUCUUACUUCAACCUAGUCUUGAUCACGAACGUUGGUGGCUCCGGAGAUGUUCAAGCAGUUUCCAUCAAAGGUUCAAGAACUGAUUGGCAACCAAUGUCCAGGAACUGGGGUCAGAACUGGCAGAGCAAUGCUAACCUCAACGGACAAAGCCUGUCCUUUAAGGUCACCACCAGCGAUGGCCGCACCUUGGUUUCAAACGAUGUUGUCCCUGAUAACUGGUCUUUUGGCCAGACUUUCACAGGGCAACAAUUCCCUUGAAGACACAGGGAACAACAACAUAGAGUCAUAGACCCUCUACACUUCAUAAGUCAUUGGAAGUGUAUGGUUAAUGCUAUAAUAGUAUAGUAGUAUAAAUAAUGGAAGAGUUACAUAGAAGUGUGUCAUUAGGAGCAAAUGAGAAGGGCUUAUUUUAAGAUGGCUCUGGUCAUUUGAAUUGUGUCGUGAAGAAAUCUGUUCUGUUCUCUAUUGAAAAACUCAUAGACAGUUCAUAUGGCAGUGGUGGUAGCAUAUAUAUAUCACCCGCCAGUUUUUUUGUUUCA